CCUGGAGGUAGGAGCUGAAUAUUAUACCACAGUUUAAGACACGGAAAAUGUGAAUUUCACUUUAAAAUCGAAUAGAAUCACAUUUUUAAACCGUUAUAUUAAAAAGUACUUCUUGUGGUUGUUGUGAGGUGGGCGUUGAGCUCCACCUGUCGCCGGACUGACACAGCAGAGCCUGUUCCAGCUCCUCCUCCCUCAUCCCGGCCACAGUUUCCAGCUCCCUGCCGGAGAAACGGUGUAAAUACUGUGUUGCCAGGUUGGACAGAAAUCCUCCUUUUUAACGGAGGAGCGGAGGGCUUUUCUCACGCAGCUGCCGAGGCGUUUUCCUGGCGGAUCGACAGAAACGGAUCUGGUCUCGGGAAAGAUCAAACGUACCAGCAGGACCGGACUCUGAUGAGGAAGAACCCACCGACGGAGAUGAGCGCAGGGCGAUUAUUUCCCGGAUUUAUCCUCCGCUGGACGGCUGACACUCUGUGAUUAUUCGUCAGGUGCCCCGCCGUUCCUCCUGGAGGCCUCAGCCGGGAAUUUAUGACCCCGCACCGCCGCUUCCUCCUCAGACUGACAGCCAGCCUGACAUCACCGACGCCCCGGUGAAUCAUCGCCUCCAUACGGGGGGUCCGGGGAUGCUGUCACCGUCGCUGCACCCUUAAAACCGCGCAGCCGAGCCCCGUACACGCCCGCCCAGCCGUCGGAUUAGAACAGCUCCGGAGGCAGCAUGGAGGAAAUCCUGAGAAAGCUGCAGAAAGACGCGUCCGGCCACAAGCACAAAGGCAUCCGCGACGCCUGCGUGUUCGCCUGCGAAACGCUGGAGUCUCAGAAUGGAUCUUCUAAGAUUUCCCCUUCACAGCUUCGAGAGCGCUGCCUGUUGCCUCUACAGAUGGCUCUGGAGUCCAAAAACACCAAACUGGGGCAGACGGCGCUUACUGGCAUGCAGAAGCUUCUGUGUGAGGACAGGUUUGUGGGCGCUGUCGGUAUGGAGAUGGAGGUGCUGGAGAAGCAGCUGCUCAGCCAGAUGUUGGAGGCCAUCAGGAUCACCCCGUCUCUCCACGAAGACCUACAGGUGGAAGUCAUGAAGGUCCUGCUGUGCAUCACCUACUCGCCAAACUUUGACAUUAAUGGAGACUCCAUCCUGCGGAUUGCAGAGGUGUGCAUCAAGACCUACGUGUCGAGCUGCCACCAGCGCAGCAUCAACACGGCGGUGAGGGCGACGCUGAGCCAGAUUCUGGGAGACCUGACGCUGCAGCUGCGCCACAGACAGGAGGGUGCUGAUGGAGAUGAGGUGACUGCACCGCCGCUGCAGAGAAGAGAUAUUUCUCCCACCAGUCAGGCGCUGUGUGAAGACGUGGUGACGGUUCUGACCGUUUUCUGUGAAAAACUGGAGUCGGUAGACGGCGACAACCAGCUGCUGCAGCUGCUCUACCUGGAGUGCAUCCUCUCUAUGCUCAGCAGCUGUCCUCCCACAAUGCACCUGUCCAGAGGCUUCACCGACCUGGUGUGGAAGCAGCUGUGUCCGUCCCUGGUGGCCAUCAUGGGAAACCCUGUCAACGAUAAAACCAUCGCCUCCCAUCACGGCUACAUGUCAGCUUCAGAACGAGAUCGGCUCUCGGAGAGACUCAGUCUGGGAAUCGGCCAGGAGGUGGACUCCUCUGCCGGGGGAGUGUCCGAUCAGGGCCGAGGGUCCGGCUGCUCCUCCAGCGCCCCCGCCAGGAUCGCUCCGGUAGUCCGGACAGUGUGCUACAUCGCGGCAGAGCUGGUGCGUCUGGUGAGCUGCGUGGAGUCGAUGAAGCCGGUGCUGCAGUCGCUCUACCACCGGAUCCUGCUGUACCCGCCUCCCCAGCACCGAACCGAGGCCAUCCGCAUCAUGAAGGAGAUUCUGGGCAGCCCCCAGCGGCUCUACGACCUGGCCGGUCCCUGCAUGGCUGAACCUGAAACCAGGAAGCGCUCCUUCUCAAAGAGGAAGUCUCACCUGGACCUGCUGAAGCUAGUGAUGGACGGGAUGACGGAGGCCUGUAUGAAGGGAGGCAUCGAGGCCUGUUACUCCUCCGUCUCCUGUGCUUGUGCUCUGCUCAGCGCUCUGGAUGAACUGUCACAGGGCCGCGGCAUCCAGCCUGAGCAGGCUCGACUCCUCCUCAGACGCCUGGACGAUCUGAAAGAUGGAACCGAGUCGACUCGUGAGUCCAUGGAGAUAAACGAGGCUGACUUCAGGUGGCAGAGACACAUCCUGUCCUCAGAGCAGCCUCAGUGGGACCCCAGCUCCUCCUCCUCCAAUGUGGCCACCGCUGGGGCCACCGAGCGCAGCCCCGACAUCAGCAUCAGCAUCACCACGGAGACGGGACAGACCACCCUGGACCUGGAGAUGGGGGAGCUCAGCAUGGGUCCGGGACACACCACUCCUGAGGAAUGCGGCGAGGAAGCACGACUUCCAUCGCCCUCGUCCUGCGGUGGUCAGGAGGCGACCAAACAAAGCGCUGGAUCGGACCAGGGGAACCAGAGGGAGGAAGGAGGAGGAGGAGGAGGAAGAGGAGGAAGAGGAGGAGGAGGAGGAGGAGGAGGAGGAGGAGGAGGAGGAGGAGGAGGAGCAGCAGUGGAGGUGGAGGGACGAGUAGAGAAAGAGAGAAGAGGAGGAGGAGGAGGAGAAAGAGGAGGUGCAGUUCCUCCAGAUGUGGUGCAGAGGAGUCACGCCCUCGUCUACCCCGACAUCACCAACUUCCUGUCGGUGGAGUCCAGGACGCGGUCACAUCACGGAGGAGGGUCACGGUACAGCGAGAGCAACUUCAGCAGUAUGGAGGAGCAGGAUUUGUCCCGGACUGAGUUUGACUCCUGUGAUCAGUACUCCAUGGCUGCUGAGAAGGACUCGGGCCGCUCUGACGUGUCUGACAUCGGUUCUGACAAUGUUUCUCUGGCCGACGAGGAGCAGCAGACGCCUCGGGACUGUCCGGGUCACCGCUCGCUGAGAACCGCCGCCCUGUCGCUCAAACUGCUGCGGAACCAGGAGGCCGACCAGCAGAGCGCCAGGCUGUUCGUCCAAUCGCUGGUGGCACUGCUGCCGAGGCUGCUGGGAUUGGCCACCGCCACCGAGGUGGACCUGUCGCUGCAGAACUUCUCCUCCACGUUUUGCUCCGGACUGCAGGCGGGUGGGAUUCACUCUCCGGGCUUCGAAGCAGGCGACACUCUGAGCUGCCAGUCCCUGAUGAACGCCGACGGCCUCUACCUGGUGUCUUACUACGCUCUGCUGCUCAAUCUCAAGCUCUGCUGCUGCGACUAUUACAGACGGCGAGCGCUCACACCCGUCCUCAGCCUGAAGGAGUUUGUGCGUCUGAUCCAGAGCAGCGGCGUCCUCGUGGUUCUGUCUCAGGCCUGGAUCGAGGAGCUCUACCACCAGGUGUUGGAGAGAAACCUGCUGGGUGAAGCUGGAUACUGGGGCUCUCCAGAGGACCACACUCUGCCGCUCAUCACCAUGCUGACAGAUAUUGACGGUUUGGGCAGCAGUGCGAUUGGAGGUCAGAUGAUCAGGAGGGCGUCCAGCCAAUCCCCUCUCAGCUGUGACAGGACAGGAAGUGACACGGUGAUGGCAGGAGCUGUGUUCUCCCGCUUCAUCCUCACCGGAGCGUGGAAGAACCUGAUCGACGUUCUGUCCACGCCGCUCACGGGUCGCAUGGCGGGCAGCUCCAAGGGCCUGGCCUUCAUCCUGGGAGCUGAGGGGGUCAAAGAGCAGAGCCAGAGGGAGAGAGACACUAUCUGUCUGAGCUUAGACGGUCUCCGCAAAGCUGCUGCACUCAGCUGUGCUCUGGGUGUGGCUGCCAACUGUGCAUCGGCUUUAGCCCAGAUGGCUGCAGCCUCCUGUGUUCAAGAAGAGAAGGAAGAGAAGGAGGUUGGAGAGACUGGAGACGCCAUUACACAAGUGAAGCAGCGUGUUGAGCAGCGUCUGGAGCAGAUCGGUCGUCCUCAGGGAGUUCGUCUCCACACGGCUCAUGUGUUGUGUAUGGACGCCAUCCUGAACGUGGGACUGGAGAUGGGCAGCCACAACCACGACUGCUGGCCGCAUGUCUUCAGGGUGACAGAGUACAUCAGCUCUCUGGAGCACACCCACUUCAGCGACGGCUCCUCGCAGACGUCCUCCCUGACCACCAUCACCCAGCAGAGCCAGCACGCGGCCGGCAUCGACCUGGGCCUGGAGCUGAGCUGUGAGCCCAGUCCAGAGGCCUCAGAGCUGAGCCUGAGCCAGCCGGUCAUCCAGCCGCUGUCCAUCCAGGAGCUGCUGAGGGAGAGCAGCCGAGGAGGCCGAGGCCUGGACCUGAAGAGUGGCAGCCUGAUGACCGGAACCAACGCGGCCAAGGCUGUUUGUACGCUGUCGACACAAGCUGACAGGUUGUUUGAGGAAGCAGCUACUAAGCUAAACCUGGUUGGUCUGGUUGGUUUCCUGCAGCAGCUGAGAAAAGCUUCUCAGUCGCAGCUGUUCGACUCCGUUACCGAGACUGGAGACUAUUCUCUGGCAAUGCCGGGAGAAGCCAAGUCUACGUUGGACCGACGCAGCGCCCUCCAUCUCUUCCGUCUCGGUGAGGCAAUGCUGAGAAUCGUCAGGAACAAGAGCCGCCCUCUGCUGCACAUGAUGAGGGCCUGGAGCGUGGUGGCGCCACAUCUGGUGGAGGCUGCGUGUCACAAAGAGCGGCACGUGUCCCAGAAGGCUGUUUCCUUCAUCCAUGACGUUCUGACGGAGGUGCUGACCAGCUGGGCCGAGCUUCCACACUUCCACUUCAACGAGGCGCUCUUCAGGCCUUUUGAGCACAUUAUGCAGCUGGAGCUCUGCGAUGAAGACGUGCAGGAUCAGGUGAUAACAUCAAUCGGAGAGCUGGUGGAGAUGUGUUCUCCUCAGAUCCUGUCUGGAUGGAGGCCUCUGUUCAGCGCUCUGAGGACCGUCCACGGCAGCAAGACCGACACCAAAGACUACCUGUUGGGAGAAUACUCCAUGGGGAAGUCCCAGGCGCCGGUGUUCGAUGUCUUUGAGGCUUUCAUCAACACCGACAACAUCCAGGUUUUUGCCAACGCUGCCACUGACUACAUCAUGUGCCUCAUGAAGUUCGUCAAAGGCUUAGGAGAGGUGGACUAUAAAGAAAUUGGAGACUGUGUCCAUGUUUCAGGUUACAGCUCCACCGACCUCUGCCUGCCGGCUCUCGACUACCUUCGCAAAUGUUCGCAGCUGCUUGCAAAGAUCUACAAGAUGCCGUCCAAACCGGUGUUUUUAGGAGCGCGGCUCGCCAGCCUGCCAAUGAGAUCACAGGAACGAUCAAUCAGCAGCGAGGACGGGAUGGACUGUGUCCUCCAGGAGUUCGACGAUGACACAGGUUUGAUCCAGGUGUGGAUUUUAUUGCUGGAGCAGCUCACAGCAGCGGUGUCAAACUGCCCUCGACAACAUCAGCCUCCAACCCUGGAGCUGCUCUUCACUCUGCUCAGAGAGGUCACCACUGUACCAGGUCCGGGUUUUGCCAUCUUCUCUGUCAUCCAGCUACUGCUUCCUGUGAUGUCGCUGUGGCUGCAGCGUAGCCAUGGUGACCACUCCUACUGGGAUGUGGCGGCGGCGAACUUCAAACACGCCAUCGGCCUGUCGUGUGAGCUGGUGGUGGAGCACGUCAACAGCUUCAUACACUCCGAUAUCGGUUACGAGUCGCUGAUCAACCUGAUGCUGAAGGAUCUGUUCAAGCUGCUGGUGGCCUGCGUGUCUGAACCCGCAGAGACCAUCUCCAGAGUCGGCUGCUCCUGCAUCAGGUAUGUGCUGGUCACAGUGGGUCCGGUGUUCACAGAGGAGAUGUGGAGGCUGGCCUGCUGCGCUCUGCAGGACGCCUUCUCUGCCACCUUAGAGCCCGUCAAGAACCUCCUGGCUUGUUUUCAUAGCGGCUCAGACAGUUUUUCUGGAGACGCCUGCGAGGUGAAGGUAGCAGCUCCGUCUCAUUCGCCUUCAGCCGAAGCCGAGUACUGGAGGAUCAAAGCUAUGGCUCAGCAGGUCUUUAUGUUGGACACCCAGUGCUCUCCAAAGACUCCCAACAACAAGGACGGCUUUGAGCACGCUCAGUCCUGUGUUCUGAUCAUCGAGCUGCCGUCCGACCAGCAGUCCAACGGACACACUCAGAAGAGGAAAAUUGGGAUCCCGUUCCGGACCAUCGUGGUGAGUCUUCUGUCCCACCAGGUUCUUCUCCAGAAUCUCUACGACAUCCUGCUGGAGGAGUUCGUCAAGCAGUCCGAAGGCAACGAAAGAGUCACACCGGUGACCUCCGACCCCAGCAGACCCACAGCCGGCUUCCUGCGCUACAUCUCCAUGACGAACUUAGCCAUCAUCCUGGACCUGCUGCUGGACUCCUACAGGACAGCGCGGGACUUUGACACCCGUCCAGGUCUGAAGUACCUGCUGAUGAAGGUUUCGGGUGUUUGUGGAGCAGCGAAUCUCUACCGUCAGUCUGCUAUGAGCUUCAACCUUUACUUCCAGGCCCUGUUGUGUGCUACACUGAGCCAGGCCGACAGCAUGACGGCACAGCAGGUGAAGAGGAUCCUGUAUGAGGAAGAGGAGGGGAGCUCUGACUCUUCUCAUCCCGGCUCUGCUUCCUCAGAGGAUGAAGACAUCUUUGAAGAAACAGCCCAGGUGAGCCCUCCUCGCGGUCGGGAUAAGCGUCACCCGUGGCGAGCUCCGGUCCCGUCGCUCAGUGUGCAGCCGCUGGGCAGCGCUGACUGGGCCUGGCUGGUCAAACGCCUCUACAAGCUGUGCAUGGAUCUGUGCAACAGCUACAUCCAGAUGCACCGCGACCUGGAGAGCACACUGGAGGAGACAGCGCUGCUGAGGGGGAGCAUCGGAGGGGGAGGAGAGCACAUGUUCUUCCUGCCUCUGUUUCAGUCUGAGGCGUCCACACCGACGUCUGCCGGCGGGCUCUCUACGAGAGGCACGCCGUCAGAGGAAGGCAGCUACAGGUGUCAGACGACUGAUAUAAGCGCAGCAUCACCAGGAGACACACCGACACCCAGUCCAGGAUUCAGCUGCACCGGAAGUCUUCCCCACCACUUCAGAACCGGAGGUGAGAGGAGGGACUCCGGCAUCACAGGAACCUCAGUGGGCGGAGCUCCUGGCAGCGCCGGACUGGGAAGGAGGAAGGAAUGGUGGGAAAGCGCCGGAAACAAACUGUACACCAUCGCCACAGACAAAACCAUCAGCAAGCUGAUGAUGGAGUACAAGCGGCGGAAACAGCAGCAGCAGCAGCCUCAGCAGAGCCAUGUCAACCUGUUCAUGAAGGAGCAGGGCCGGGCGGCGGCAGCAGGAGGCGUCGGGGACCGGAGGGGCCCGGUGGAGCCUCAGAGGCCCCCACAGAGGCCCCAGCAGCUGGUGGACCAGCAGGGACCCCCGCUGAGGCACUCAGUCAGCGCAGGACCAGAGGUACUGAGGCAGGAGAAAAGACCAAGAUCUGGAUCCACCAUCAGCUCCCACAGCAUCUCACUGAGGGACUCGGAGGCUCAGAUCCAGGCGUGGACCAACAUGGUCCUGACUCUCCUCAAUCAGGUCCUCCUACUGUCAGACUCGUCCUUCCUGGCACUGCAGCCGGCGCUCUAUCCCUGCAUCAGCCAGCUCUCCUGCCACGUCACCGACGCUCGGGUCCGCCAGGCGCUGCGAGAGUGGCUGGGCCGGGUCGGCAGACUCUAUGACAUCAUAGUGUGACGCCGCAGUGAGGAAAUGUGCAAAACGCAGACUGUCGGUCAGUGAAGGAGGUAAACUCAUGAAUUUAGAAAUUGGAGAGAUUGAUGAACCAUUUGGCUGAUUGUUGACAAAAUGUUGGGUUGCUAGAACAGUCAUGAUCUUGACUGGGCGACUAGCAGCCUUUAAUGUCAUCAUGUUGGAUUGGUGGCGCUUUUAAAGGAUGCUGGCAGACAUUUAUGUGGAGGAUUUGUUGGCUGAGGAAGGAUGUGCAGAGAAAAGACUUCCUUUGAGAAUGGAACUGAUUUGAUAGUAAAUGUGCCAUUUCUGCUCCUGUUUUUCAGUUGAAUUUGUUCAUUUCCAGACCUCGAAAUGUGCAAGAAAACCAACAAACAUGCACCUUUUUAAUAUGAUUUGUUUGUUGUCCGGUUGCUGGCCUUGCCCUGAUGUGGAUGCAAACAUAAAUGUGCACAUGUGCAGUGAACUACAGCUGUUGUUAAUCUCCUGCAUAUUUUUCCUUCAUGUGUUUCUUCGUGGAACCUUGUGAAGUUUCAUCAUGAAGAAACAACCAUAUUUACAUUCACUGCUUUGCUCCAUUUCAGUGUAAUCAAAUGUUUUUUUUCUCUUUAUUUUAACAUCUUACAAACACUACACAUUAGCAUUGCUUCCUUCUGUACUCUGCAGUGAGGUGUGUCAUGUUUGUGUGCUUAUAUUCAUGCACUUGUAGAGCUUUUUACAAGCAUUGAACUGUGACUCCACAGCAAAACAAAAACUCCACAAGGCACCUUUAACCCUCUGAACUCCAAGCAGCAGUUUCUGGGUGUUUUUUUUCCUCCUGUCACAUUUUUUCUUCACUUGGGGCUUAUUUUUUUACUGCAAUAUAAAGUCCUGCACCUCAAUGGAAAGAGAACUACCAUGAUUAUAAGGAGGCAGAAAUAUAUGUAUAUGCAGUAAGACACAGUUAAAAUGUCAUAAAUCUGAAAAUAUGACAACAGAAAGUUGAAUUUCUUUGAUUAGUUAUUUGACAAAAAUUAACAAAAACAACCUAAAAUCAACUGUACAACACUUUUCCAAGUGCCCACAGGUAUUACAAACACUGGAAACAAAAAUACUUUUUUUCCGAAUUUCUUAAUAAGACAAGUAGAAUAAAGUGAUUUUGAUUAAAUAUCUGCCCAGCACAUCACAGAUGAGUAGUUCAAGGACCAUCAGAACAGUGAAAAUACCACCGGUUCUAACUCUGAUAAAUGGUAUAAUCUGGUGAUUUAUUUGACAGAUAAAAUGCUUUUCCGACCCGGUGGCAGGUUUUGCGGUUCAGAGCGUUAAGAGGGAACUGUAUUUUAUUUACAACCUGGCACAUAUUUUCAUCUUGGCCAUAUUUCCACUACUUGUUAUGAGAACAAUGAGGAACUAGAAAAGCACUCAGAGAGUGCAGACCUCCGCCAGGUGACAAUACACGCAAUGUUGAUGUGUGGAGAAUUGUUGCUAAUGAGUCCAAGUAAUAUUUGAUGAGUUAGAAGCAUUUUUGUCAAAGCCGGCCCUAUCUCUCAAUUGUACAGAAUCCUUCAAAAAACUCCUGGAUCCAGACGGUGAUCCGGAUCACCUCUAAAAUCUAAUCGAUUGUUACUUUUGCUCUUCCGGACAUCCUGUAAAAAUUUGGUGAAAAUCCGUCCAUGAUUUUUUGAGUUAUGCUGUUAACAGACAAACAGACAAUCAGACAGACAAACAAACUCCGAUGAUUACAUAACCUCCUGGCAGAGGUAAUGAUGGAAGUUACUUUGUGAGUUUUUUUUUCCUCUUGUGAGGAGCAAAAAUUAACCGUGUCUCAGUUGUGCCGACAAUCUCUGACUGACAGCAAACCGUCGAGGAAUGUGUUUACAUCACAGCGAUUAGAGCUGAAGAUGAAACCAAAAGCAAACCACCAGGAUCUUGGACAUGAUUCAAAAAUGUCUGUCUAAAGGGUGGAGGUGAUAACAUAAAUGAUUACUUCUGUUCUUUCAUUUCUUCAGAAUCAGAGUGACGCAUGGAGAAGGAAACUUGCCUUGCAUUUAAUCUGAUUGUGUGUUUCCACCAUCGAUCCUCCAACUUUAAAUACACCUACAACUGAAUGUCUUUAUUAUUCACUCCUGCUGAAACCUUCUGCAACAAUUGAGUAUUUAUUCAAACCAAAUGCAGCAUACAGUAUGUGUAAUAUUGAUCUUUAAUGCUUGCUACAUGUUAUUUUUCCUAUUCAUGUAUGUAUGCACAUGUAUUUAUGUAAAUGCCUCUUUAUUUUAAAUAUUUAAUGUCAUACUGAGAUUAUUCUAUUUUUUGUGAGAUUUGAUUUUCUAUCUGAUCCUGUGCUAUUUAAUUAUUUUUCUCUGUGUUAAAGGGACGCCCUGUGAUUUAACAGUGAAGCUACAGCUGUCAGUGAUUGACUCCCACAGAGGUCGCUGACACUAAAUAUUCAUUUAAGUCAGGUUGGUGAUGAAGCUGUUGGAGCUGCUUCAGCUUAAAAAUGCAUCCUAUGUUUAAAUCUGUGCAUUUAAUGACUUUUUUUAAGUAACCAACAGCUCCAGUUAGUGGAUUCCUCUUUUAUUUAUUAAUCCAUUAAUCCUGUAGUCUAUAAAAUGUCAGAAAACAGCGUAAUUUCUCAGAGCCUCAGGUGAUGCUUUCAAGUAACUCUUCGUAUUCUAUUUAUAACUGUGAAAGACAAGAAGAAGCAGCAAAUUUGGAUUUUUGUUUUAGCUGCUCGAAGGAUUUAUAUCAAAUAUCCUGUGAAGGAAUCACAUGCAGUCAAUCUGUUGCAGUCAGAUGAAAUGAAAUUUCCUGAGCACGUUGCUACUCCACAGAGGAUUAACCCUUUAAAUUUGAAUGACCUGCAGACUACCAACCUUGUGAGAAACGUGACAUUUUUGCUCCAGUUUUAUGGCAAAAUUUGUGUAACAUCAGUAAAAUUAUAAUCAAUAAGCUGUCCGUUCUUUCCUUUAACAUUCUUACUUACUAACCAUGAUAUUUGAGGACAAUCAGUUUCAGCCACAACAAUAAAACCAAUGACAGGUGAAGCGAAUGAUCAUUGAUUAUCUUGUAAAAGUGGCACCUGUCUUUGGGUGGGAUGUGUCAGGCAGCAAGUGGACAGUCAGUGUUAGAAGAAGGACAAAUGGGCAUUUGAAGGGUCUGAGUGACUUUAACAAAUUGUGCUGAGUAGGUGAUUGAUCAGAUCAUAUCCAAAAUGGACCAAUUUACCAAAAGUCCUCCAAGAAAGGACGACUGAUGAACUAGCAACAAGGUCAUGGACACCCAGGACCCGCUGAUGAACAUCUGGGGCAAAGGUAGUGCGUACCCAGUCUUCCAUGUUGCAAAAACUGUUCAGGAAUGGUUUAAGGCAUCAACUUGGCCUCCAAGUUCCCCAGAUCUCAAUCCAAUUGAACAUCUGUAGGAUGGGUUUGAAAAAAAUCUGAUCAAUAGAAACUCUAUCACUCAACUUCCUGGAUCUAAAGGCUCUUCUACUAAUAUUUUGGUGCCUAAAUCCAUAGAACACCUUCAGAGGUCCAUGGAGUCCAGGACUCGACAGCUGAAAACUGUGCUGACUUCCACAAUAAUAGAAAAAAACAAGUUAAAAGUCAUGGCUGAUUGGUGUAUAGUACCUCUUUGUAGUCAGAAAUCUACAAACUGUAGAGUGUUACUUUUGAGUAUUUCCAAAGAAAAAUGCUUUUGCUCUCUCCUGGAUACCAAAAAUAAAUGGUAAAUGGUCUGUAUUUAUAUAGCGCUUUACUAUACCUGCAAGGUACCCAAAGCGCUUUACAAUACCUGCAAGGUACCCAAAGCGCUUUACAUGAUACAUCACAUUCACCCAUUCACACACACAUUCACACACUGAUGGCGGAAGCUGCCAUGCAAGGCGCUAACCACGACCCCAUCAGGAGCAAUUCGGGGUUAGGUGUCUUGCUCAGGGACACCUCGAACACGACGGGGCGAGGAUCGAACCGGCAACCCUUCGGUUGCAAGACGGCCACUCUACCCACUGAGCCAUGCCGCCCCAAAAAUACAUUAAUUUAAAAACAUCAAAUAUGUUUAGACUAAAAAAUGAUUACAAAUGUAAUUAAAAUUAAAAUUUAUAUUCUGUAACUGGCAUUACUCUGGGUUGUGGCAGCAGGGUGAGCUGAAGCUGCAUUGACCUCCAUUCAUUCAUGUGUAUUUCAGCUUAUGGCUGAAUGAAUGAAUGAAAGAAGUGACACUAACUUCAGCAGCUGGAGCCAUAUUGAGGCCGGGCAGUAGAUCGGGGAGGGCAGGGCGUCUGAUGCUAGUAAGAAGAUUUACUCUUCUUUUUUCAACCAGUUCGUCAGCAGCUGAGGGUUUUUCAUUUGUGCUGUUGCUCCAACGGCUUCUUCUGUGGCUUCAUUCACUCCUUUGUGCAAAUUAUCUCUUGCAUUUGGUGCAGAGUUUGUUACUGAUAGUGUUGGACUUCAUCACCAUCUUUAACCAACCAAAUGCUCCUGUGUUUGAGGCUCCUAUUUGUCACCAAGAAGUAAAAUUAGUUACUGGCACCUUAAAGACCUUCAAAAUACCAUUUAUUGAUGUGGUUUUCUGUUAUUUGUUCGUCCAGAAAAACUGCUUCUGAUAGAACUUGAGGCUUCAUCUCAUCCAUAGUUGUUGCUGCUUGAGAAAAGACACACAAAACCCUAAAUGAUGCUACAGAAGAGGAUUUAAAAACCAACAAAGACGCUUUUCUGUGGCUACUGAUUUGACCUGUAGCCACAAAAAACAAACUCUUCUCCACCUUUGAGAUGCACCUUCUUCCCGUGCAGUCCUUACCAAGAGACCUCUGCUUUCUUUGGCCUGUUUUUCUUUGAUGAAGGUUGUGCUGAAGGGAGAACUCCAGAUUUGCUGAUCCUUUGUGUUUCUUCGACCACAUUUCCUGAUCAACUAAACUUAUGCCAAGUUCUAAUUGCAGUAGUCUGCAGGAAUACCACUGAGCUGUGCAUCUGUACUUUAUUUGAUCUUAUUCAUAAAUGUGGAAAAAUCUUGAGGAAAUCGGUCAACUUGACCAGCAAGAUAAUCAGUCAUGCACGUUUUCAACCAGCAAUACUGAAAAGGAAGAACUCUAUACUUUAUUGUAAUUCAUUUUCCAGUUCUCCCUAAAAAUGAUAAUAGGCCAAGCUGAAAGACAAAAAACUUCCAAAAGGAACAAAAAAAAUAGGCAUCAGGUGAACCAUGUAGUGGAUCAUGAACAUGCAUCUUGGACGCCUAAUUUUUUACCUUUUCUUGUGCCAGUGUUGGCAAUUCAUCUGAAACUUUGGCCAAUAGGAACAAAAAGCAGUCUUUUGUGUACAGCAAAGAUUGGCUAAAGGACAAAAACCCCAACUGCGGAUCCACUUUGACUUAAACCGUCUGUUUUGAGGCCAAUAUCAUGCACACUUCUUUGGAUGACAGUGUCUGGAAUCAUUUAGUCAUGUUUGAUCAAGUGACGUCGAUGAGACACCAGGAAACUGGAUCUCAGAAACUUUCAGGAUUGGAAACUUUUGCCCUAAUUCCAACUUGCAAAUCCCUCUUUAUUAGGUUGCUCCUUUGCCCUUUUGUUCUUUGGAAGUAGUAAAUUCAGACGAAAGAUAAAUAGCAGUAGAGCAUCUGUCUCGCUGCUGUGUCUCGUUGUGUCUCUGCUGACUCUGAAUCCCUCUUUCUGGGGUUGCUCCUUUGCACUUUGGUGCUUAGCAGAUCAUCAACAACUAUCACAUCUUGGAUGCCUAGUUUUUACCUUUUAUGGUGCCAGCUUUCACAGUUUGUUUGCAACUUUGGCCAAUAGCAGCAAAAAGCAGCGUUUUCUGCAUGGUAUGACCCAACAAAGAUUGGCUAAAGCACAAAAAACUCAAAUAUGCGUCUAUUUUUGCUUUAAGUGUCUGUUUCAAGGCCAAUAUCGUACACACCACUUUGGACGACAGUGUCUGGAAUCAUUUAAGGAAACUGGACCUUGGAAACCUUUGCCCUAAUUAGAACUUGGCAGUUCCUCUUUUUGGGGUUGCUCUUUGCACUUUGAUUCUUUGUGGAUCAUCAAAAACUAUCACAUCUUGGAUGCAGAGUUUUUACCUUUUCUGUUGCCAAAUUUCACAGUUUCUCUGCAGCUUUGGCCAAUAGGAGUAAAAGGCAGUCUUUUGUGUACAGUAUGACCCAAUGAAGAUUGGCUUAAAAAUGCAAAUGUGGGUCUACUUUGGCUUUAAGUGUCUGUUUAAAACCCAGCAUCAUACACAUCACUUUGGACGACAGUGUCUGGAAUUGUUUAAUCAUGUAAAGUGAUGCAGACGAGACGCCAGGAAACUGGAUCUCAAGACUUUUUCAGGUUUGGAAACUUUCGCCCUAAUUCCAAUUUUUAAAGCGCUCUUCUUGGGGUUGCUCCUUUGCACUUUGGUUCUUUGGAAGUGGUAAAUUCGGACUAAAGAUAAAUAGCAGUAGCGCAUCUGUCUCGCCACUGUGUCUAGUUGUGUCUAUGCCCACUUUGAAUCCCUCUUUUUGGGGUUGCUCCUUGGCACUUUGUUCUUUGUUAAUAAUCAACAGCUAUAACAUCUUGGACACCCAGUUUUUACCUUUUCUUAUGCCAACUUUGACAAUUUGUCUGCAACUUUGGCCAACAGGAGCAAAAAUCAGUCUUUUGUGUACAGUAUGACCCAACAAAGAUUGGCUAAAGCACAAAAAAAAUCAAAUGUGGGUCCACUUUGGCUUUAAAUAUCUGCUUUAAGGCCAGUAUCAUACACACCACUUUGGACGACUGUCUGGAAUCGUUUAAUCAUGUAAAGUGACGUAGAGGAGACGCUAUGAAACUAGAUCUUGAACACUUUCCGGAUUGGAGACUUUCACCCUAAUUCCAACUUGUAUAUCCCUCUUCUUGAGUCUUUCUCCUUUGCACUUUGGCUCACUUGAAGUAGUAAAUUCAGACAAAAGACAGACAGCAUUAGUAUAUCUGUCUCACCGCUGUCUCAUCUUGUCUCUGCUGACUUUGACGUCCCUCGGCCCCUCCCAGCGUCCUGACCCGUCCCCAAUCGUCCUUAUUCCUGCUGUUCGAGGCCGAGCAGCCGUCGGACAGAUGUUGCCGGCCAUCAGUGUGAUCAGCAGCAGCAGUGGCAGUGAGGAAAAAGGAUUUAGUCGGUGUUAAGUCCGUGAUAGCGGGGGGGGAAAAAAAGCAGUCGGCUAAUGUGUCGGUGUCAUGCAACGAUUCUACCGCAGCAGUGUAUUUCUGCUUAUUCUACAUUUUCACUCUGAUGAUGCACAUUCGUCAUAGCGGAGAUUAAAGGAGUUUGAAAUCGUCGUGAUUGUGGCUGAAGAUCAGCAUGAGUGAAAACUUCAUCUGCACUCUAAGCAGAUUUGGGUAAAACUCUGUGCAGCAAAAAUCCGCCACGUGUUCCGUCCGGCCUUUUUUGCAUUUGAAGCUCUUAUUGUUUUCUGGCCAGCAGCUCCUUCCUCCGUCCCUUUUUUCUGGAAAAUUCUAAUCGCAUUACCUCCAAUAUUUUACAGUAAAACCAUCUACAGUUUACUGACUUUGCUGAGGGAUUAUUGGGGCUCGGAGCUGAUUGAAGAGAGGCUGUGACCUAAAAUAUUUGCUUUGGCCAGAGUGAUCGUUUAAAAAACAUUGUAAAAAGAUUCUGCAAAAAACAUUCCCAGUUUGACGACUGCCCGACUUGAUAGAUAAAUGUCUGUUUGCAGGGAGGCUUUGCUGACUGUCUGAGAGCGUAGGAGGGAAAAAGUAAAGCAGCUUUGACUUCACUGUCUGAACCGGACGCAGAAACAUGACCCAGACAUCUGACACAGUUUCUAAAGUGGAAUGUCACUGGACGGAGGGGGCAUGAAGAACAUAUAGAGGCGGGAAAAUGGCAUUAACCUCCAGGAAAUGGAGAGGAAAGGAAAUGUCUCUUGACCAAAUACACAUAUUGAGUCCUUUACAGAAAUAUUUUGCCUGUAAACUUUUUGAUUAGGUUUAUUUCUGUCUUAUAAACAUCGUUCGAAGGGAAAGUUUUGGUGUUUGGAUGUUCCGUGGCAAACAGGAAUGAGCCCCAGUUUGAUGGAUCUCAAAUGUACUCAUAGUGAUUUCUGCUGUUUUGUGGAGAAAGAACAAGAUGAUGGCACCAUAGAGCCAGAAAAUGUCAUAAAAAUACCAUAAAAUCAAGCCCAUAAUCUUAAAAAUAAAUCCUUUUCGGUGUUUUCUGUCUGUCAGAAGAUCACUACACUUGACUGAACAUGCACCAUGCCUUUUUUCAUCUUUGUUGAAACAUUUAUAUUUCAUUUAUGUUCAAGCUGCGUUUUUAGUUAUUUGAGGGUUUGUCAAAGUUAAUUUGCUCACUGUGAGCUGUAUUCAGCAUGUUUAAAACCUCUUAAAACCCACCAGAGACCCAUUUUUAGCUAGUUUUAGCCAAAUGCACAUUUUCAGAAACAAGACAUUUUCCACUACCAUUCAAAAGUUUGGGGACAAUUAGAAAUGCCCUUAUUUUUGAAAGAAAAGUGUUUUUUUUCAAUGAAAACAACAUUAAAUGAAUGAUCAAUACAGUCUGGACAUUGUUAAUGUGGUAAAUGACUAUUCUAGCUGGAAACGGCUGAUUUUUAAUGGAAUAUCUCCAUAGAGGUACAGAGGAACAUUUCCAGCAACCAUCACUCCUGUGUUCAUCUGACUGAGGUGAAUAAAUGUGCUGCAUUGUGAGAAACGUAGGAUUCAGUGAGUUUGAAGUUUGACUCAUACCAAAGACGAGAAGUCUGGAUAUUUCAGCAUCACUAUUCCAGAUUUGUUUCUCCAAAGUUCCUCCACAUUCAUAAAAAUGAUGUACUUAAUAAUCGCCUAAACCACACUCACACCCUUUUAAAAAUAUCUCAAGGAACAUAUUCCCAAAAUUUGAUUAAAUGUGUAGUUGCAAGGUAAAAAAAAAAAUCAGAUUUAAGUUGAAAACCUUAUUUUAGUUGAUUAUUUUGACACAAAAACAUGAAUUGCAUCAGAUUAAACUCAUUGAAAUUAAAUUCAAGUUGAGAUAAUUUAGCUUCAUGACUACAUUUGUCCCCUCCAUUCCUGCUGAACACUGGAGCAGUUUAAUUAUUUUAAAUUAAGUACGUGACACUCAAAAAAUCCCUUAAACAAUAAGGAAAUACUACUUGAAAGAACUACAUUGUUAUGCGUAAUCAACUUAAAAACUUGUUUUAAUGCAACCAAUCAUUAAAUAAUUCAGAUUCCUUUGAUUGUACUUCAGUUGUAGUUUGUUGGUUGAACGUAAUUUGAUUAGAAAUGGUCAAAACUCAAAAUGAUUGUUAUUUUAUUAGUGUGGUGAAAAAAACAGAUAUGGCACUAAUUCUGAUUAAACCAGUUACGACAAUUCUAUGUAUUUUUUGUUGACGUUAUACUGAAAAUUGGGUAAUUUUCUAUUUCUAGAUCACUGAGGCUUGUAACUCUUUAUUCUUUUACUUUUUUAGAAACUUAUUAAAAUCUGGAUGUGUGGCUCCACUCUGCGCUCGUGAACUUGAAUUAAAGAUUGUUCCAUUUAUCAGGUAGAACAAAUCUUAAUUCCAAAGACAAGAUAUUGGAAGGGAUGAUGCAGAAAAUACGAAACACAACUUGGUGUACGUUUGUUUUUGUUAUUCAGGCUGGAUGGAGAUUUAACAGAAACUGUUCGGUCUGUGUGCCUUUUAAAAAUGUCAUGGACUGUUUCUGGAAUGACACGGCUGUAAAAAUGUGACUCGCAUCCUCCAGUAUUCCUGCAGAUGAAUGUGCAGAAGCUCCUUUCUGCACGUUCAUUCAGGUCUAUUUGCUUCCUUCACUGAACCUGAACCGACAUCAGCAGGUCAGCUCUUGUUGUGACUGAUUUCUAAAAGUGCAUUUUUUUCCUGCUUUUGAUAUGACAGAGAAGCACCUGUAAUAUUUCCUCCUGAUGUUUCUAACCUGUUCUGGCUUUUGUCCUCCCUCCUGAGCUCCGUUGUGUAACUGCUGUACGUUUCAAAGCGCUUUGCCAGCAGGCCUGUGUGCUCUGUGUGUCGCACAAUAAAAGCAGUUUGUUCCA